AUCUUGACCGCAAGAGAGAUCGGACUGUUAUGAAAGCCGAUGGGCUGCUGUGUAGCAUCUUUCAACUUGGCAUCGUCUUUGAACCGGCAGCUCGAUUGCUUUCUGUCCUUGAAAGUCUCCGGUACCACAGUCUCGCCUUGCUGACCCCGCCCUGUAUCUUGACGAACAGGUGACAAAAGCCGAGUGCAACAUUGAUUCUUCCUCAAUCAACCCACAAUUUGAUCUGUUCACAUUGCCCGUUCCAUUCGAACUCUGGACCAUCGUCAGCAAUCAAUCAGCAAGAACUCAGACACUUUUCGUCGAGCGCAAUUUAACGACUUCUGCCGUCGACUUCCUCAGCGCUAGCCAUCUUCUCACCGAACACCACCUCCCACGAUGUCUUCCCAAUCGCUCAUUCCUCUCUCCCUCUCCAUCUCCCAACCUUCGCCCUCUCUCUCUCCGCCCACCGUCCUCCUCACCCUCGCCAACACCUCCCCCGAUGUCCCUGUCACCCUCCUCACCUGGUCAUCCCCUCUCGACUCCCUCGCCCUGCAACUCGGCCUCAUUCAAGUCUCAUCCCCUUCCAACCCUUCCAACAAGAUCGACAUUCCUCAGCUGAUGAUCAAGCGCGCCAUGCCUCCUCCCGAGGAUGCACUGGUCACCCUGGGUCCCGGAGAAAAGAAGAGUCGGGAGGUGGUGUUGAGGGAGCCGAUUGUCGAUGGAGAUAAACUCUUGGAGUUGGCGGAGGAGGGGAAGGUGGGGGUUAGGGUUGUAUGUGGAAAGGACAAGGAGGAGGAGCAGGACGGCGGGGUAGUGGUUUGGGUGGGGAAGAAGAGGGAGGAGGUUAGUCCUGAGGAGGUUGCAAUGCUGGGAAGGGGAAAGGAAGCUAAGAGGUGGAAGGUUGAGAGUGAGGUUUUUGGGAUGAAGGUUGAUGGGGCGUGAUGUGGUUUGUUUGGUGUUGCCUUUUUUUUAAAAAAAAAGAAAGAAGAAAAGGAAAAGAUGACAUGGAGGGGUGCGACCUAGUCUAGUCUAGGGUUGGGGUUUAGUGUGUCAGGAAGCAAUCAGACCUGGGGAUGCUGCGAAGAUUGAGGGGGUGACACUAUUCGAUGAGAUUGGCAGAACAAGGCGUGGAAAGCAGCAAGCUCACUGUCUGCCGUUUCUUGCAACAGACAGAAUUGACAGCGGGGAAGGGACUAUCUCUUCGUCAUCCCAAGACACAAACGGACAACAAACAGUUCCCAUGGAUCCUGGGGUUCGCCCGGGUUAGGGUUUACCUUGUACUAUACUACUCCCACGCCAUACCAAUGAGGCACACACAAAUGUUGAUGAACUACAAUGAAAGAAACGUGUAUACCCGAGACAGAACAGAAUUGUCUCGAGUGUUCAUCAUCCACACG